AUGAGACCAUUCGGCGAUUUUAAUGUUCAUCCUGCUGCGAAAGGUCUACAUUAUGCUGUACAACUAUUUGAAGUUUUGAAAGCGUACAGAGGCGUUGAUGGAAAGUUUCGCAUAUUUCGUCCAGACAAAAAUAUUGAACGAAUGAAGAGAACGGCGAUUCGUAGCUGCUUGCCUGAUUUUCACAUGGAGGAAGCAUUGCAAUUAUUGGAUGAGCUGGUACGAGUUGAAAGUCACUCUUUUCCUGAACCGCAUACUGGAUCCUUCUAUAUUCGACCAAUGAUGUUCUCGACGGAUACGAGUUUAGGCUUGGGGCAACCGAAGAGCGCCAAAUGGGCGUGCUUUGGCUCAUUGGUCAGCAACUAUUUCAAUUAUGAAAAAGGCCUACGACUUCUCGCCGAUCCCACAUAUAUUCGGUCAUGGCCCGGAGGAGUUGGACAAUAUAAAAUGGGCUGCAAUUAUGCGCCAACAUUUCUGAGCUCAUCAAAUGCUGCGAAAUUGGACUGCGAUCAAGUGAUUUGGUUAAGUGGCGAAAAUCAAUUAGUAACAGAAGCCGGCGCGAUGAAUUUGUUCGUAUUAUGGAAAAAUGAGGAAGGAGAGGACGAGCUGAUCACUCCGCCGCUUACAUCUGGCCUCCUCCUUCCAGGAAUCACGAGGCUGUCGGUUUUAGAAUUGGCGCGAGAAUGGAAUUGUUUCAUAGUCGCCGAAAAAGACUUUACCAUGAAUCAACUUUCAACGGCAAUUAAAGAAAAUCGGGUAUACGAAAUUUUUUCGGCGGGGACGGCUGCUGUCGUUGGUCCGGUCUCUGAAAUCCUCUACAUUGAUAAGAGAAAUAAUAUCAACGAGACACUUGCUGUUCCAACAAUCGCCAGUGAACAUAAGUUCUACAAUCGAGUUUUAAAGACGAUGACUCAAAUACAUUAUGGCGAAAUUGAAAGAAAAGAAUGGCAAAGAGUUGUGGAUUUGUAA